AUGAUUUAUGAAGCUAAAGUGCUAGAUGUAGAUUAUUUGGAUCAAAAACACCCAAAAUCAGAUGUUUCCGGACCACAUUAUUUAAUACAUUAUAAAGAACCCAGAGUUUUAAAAUUUAAUGAAACUAAUUUAUCAAAACGAAAACAAAUCGAAGAAUCAUUUAAUAAAAAAAAUAAAGCAUCAACAGGAAAGAAGAGAAGAAGAGAACAAUCGAUUGAUAAAGAUGAAAUUCUCAAGAAACCUAUAAUAGCAAUUCCAAUACCUGAAAUGCUAAAAUCCAUAUUAGUUCAAGAUUGGGAAAAUAUUAAUACAUCACAAUUAAGACAACAAUAUAGAGAUUUGAAAAGUAAAUUUGAUAAAUUGGAAAGUUCACAAUUAUAUGGAGCUGAACAUUUUUUAAGGUUAUUUGCUUUAAUAUCAAGUUCUAAUGUAGAAGAAGAUACAUUGACAACAAUAAAAGAUCACCUAAUUGAUUUCUUAAAUUUUCUACAUGAAAACCGAAAAACUUAUUUUUUGGAUGAGUAUCAAAAACCUCAAUUUUAG